CGAUCACUUUAUAAUCCCCGUCUCCAAGUUUGGUCAUGUUCGUAAAACAAAAUGUCGGAUAUAUUGUUAACACGUAUCUAUAUGCAUUAUUUGAAAAUAUUUAGUAAAUACCUAUAAUAUCUACGCAGUAUUUGGGAUGACUUUCAAUAACUUGUGAAUGGACACAUUAGUAUAUUAGUAAUUUGCAGAUUUAAAUAAAACUGGUCAUUUCUAUAAAUUGGUAGGGCUAACAUAAUGCGAUUUUCAUAUACUGCGAUAUCUUUGAGAUCUUCAGUUUAUAUGUAAAACAUACUAUUUUUAUAUUUAAAGAUCGUUGAAUCAUAAAUAGAUUGACAUGGAGUUUAAUUAAUUGCUUUUGUGUCUGUAUUACAAGCAUUCUGAACAUUGCCUUAUUGUUUAACAAUACAACUAAUAACAGUAAUAUUUUAUAAAAUGUAUAUACCUUUAAUGAAACCACUGCAAUUCUAGUAUAUUGUUGAAUAAUGAACAAACUGACAUGGGGUUAUUUAAUCAAUUUACCUGUGUCUGUAUUAUAAACAUUUCCUUAUUGCAUAACAAUACAAAUUAAAUAUUAAAUGGACGUUAAUGAAACUAUGGGUUUUUACGCAUUCCCAAAUAUAUUGCAAUAUUUGUCAUGGGCGGAUCCAGGAAAUAUUUUACAUUCCAAUGAAAAAAAAAAAAAAAAAAAAGAAAAAAAAAAGAAAAGACAGUUGAAUAUUAUUAGAGGGACAUGUUCCAGUAUAUUGGAAUACAAAAACCAAAUGACAAUAAUUAUUCAUGAUUCCUACUAUGUUGCCAGGAUUUGCUGAAGAAUGGGGAUAGUGGCAAGAAGUGUGGAUUACCUGUCCAAGGCUCUGGGCUUACCAGAGACUGAUCGUCGAGUGAAAGAAUGGCCGUUCAUGAACAGUCCUGGAGCUGUACUCAGCAUCACCUUUGUUUACUUACUUGUUGUGAAACACGGGCCAAAAUGGAUGGAGAAAAGGCGGCCUUUCGAGUUUCCGCGUCUGCUCCUACUAUACAACCUGAACAUGGUCGCAUUAUCAUUCUACAUGUGUUAUGAGUUUGUGUAUGUCAGUAUUGUUGACAAAUACCAGUUUGGUUGUCAAGCAGUAGAUACGUCAGACCGCCCAACUGCUCUACGAAUGGCAAGUGUUGCCUGGUGGUAUUUUUUCUCAAAAAUAAUUGAACUUCUAGACACAGUUAUAUUUAUACUGAGAAAGAAGUACAAACAAGUCACGUUUCUGCAUGUUUUCCAUCACAGUACAAUGGUGUGUUGUUGUUGGAUCACAGCAAAAUAUAUGCCAGGUGGAGAGAAGUUUGUACCAGGGUCCAUCAACUGUUUCAUUCAUGUGUUUAUGUACCUGUAUUACGGUUUAGCAGCAUUGGGACCAAGUAUACAAAAGUAUCUAUGGUGGAAAAAAUACUUAACAAAACUUCAAAUUAUUCAGUUUGUUAUAGUGGUCGUGCAUGCAGCAUAUUCUUUAACCCUGGAGCCCUGUGAUUUCCCCUAUAGCAUCAAUGUAUUCAUGAUUGUGUAUGCCGGGUUCCUCUUAAUGCUGUUUGCCAGGUUCUACCGACAGUCGUACAUAAAGCAUAGCAAACUGAGCGAGUUCAGCAAAGGCGACUGAUGACUCACCUCCAGCCAAAACAAUCUUUAUGCAUGUAGAAUAUCUUAAAGACAUGUAUUCCACUUCAUGCCUUAUUAAGUAGUUGAGUCUAAUAGUGCAGUUUAUUGCACUUGUAUAUUAUGCUACUUUAAUAUUACUCUUUUUUUUUACAUGGAAUAUUAAUUUGUUUGCAUCCCAUUUUUUCAUUGACAUUAUGAUGCUUUUAGUAUCUCAAAAUAGGUUGUUUUUUUAGUAGUUCAAAAAACGUGCUCACAUUUUAAAGAUUUUUUGUGUAAAUUCAGAAAGUCUCUCUGCAGAAAUAUUUUGUCUAUACGUCACGAAAUGCAGCUGGAAGUCUCACUGAAAACCUGUUAGAUAUUAAUAAACCAAAAAAAGACAAAUUGUGUGUUUUCCCGCCAAUUUUAGUUAUUUAUCUGGCCCAUCAUUAGAAUAUUAUUUUUUGCCUUUAAGCCCGCAAACAAACAACAACACCGUGACAAGUGUCCCUGUGGGCGACACCUUUCGAGUUCACAAACAUUGCAUUUAGUAACGGGGAAACAAAACGUUAUAUGCAACAGAGUAAUAUACUUGUGUGUUCUCUUAAUACUUGGACCUAAAUUAUAAUAAUCAAAUAAUUGUUUUAAUAAUCUGAUAAUCCAAUUCUUAUUAAUGGAAUAUAAAUUAUUAUAAUUAGCAAAGUUUUAUAAUAGACCGACUAAUUGUGCAUAAUAGUCAGCCCGAUAGAAGUUUGUAACUUGGUUACAAUAAUUUGCAUGGAACAAAUAUUUUGUAAUAGGUUGUCCUGCCUUGUCGUACACGUCGAGCCUAUUGCUGGGUUAUAGGAUGUGUCACAUCAAAAACCAUUCCAAACUGAAAUAUGCAGCAACAGCUACUAAUUGCACCAUUUCAGUCACCGUAUAUAUAAAUAUUACAUCUUACCCUUAAACUUGAUAAUAAGAAAAUGGACCUUUUCAUGUGUUAAGGAAGCUUUCAUGACUACUCAAGUUCCGCACAAAAUGGCCAUCACGAUUUCUACAGGCAGUCGGGCACCCUACACGCCUCGGGCGUAAUGGUGCUAAUUGAAAUCAAAUCAAUAUAAGUUGUAGAAGCAUCACGAGGGGUAUAUGGUGUUUUUUUUAUGUACCCUCUGUGUGUUCUUUUACACAAAGAGCACACAGAGGGUACAUAAAAAGCCAUAUACCCA